AUGGAUGUCAACAGUUUCUAUGGUAAAAGAAUGCGCACUCUUCAGGCCCUUGUACCAGAAAACCCCCAAGAAUCUGAUGCUGAUUUCAGUGAUGUUGAUGACCCAAUAGAGGAUCCUGAUUAUCACCCCAUCCGAGAUGAGGCAGCUGGUGACAGUUCUUUUGAGUCCCUGGAUGAAGAUGAUGCCCCCUCAAAAAGCACAUCCUCUACAGAGCUUCCAUGUAAGAAAAGAAGAAAAGGAAAACACACUCUAAAAACAGUUUCCUUGCAGGAGCCAGAGGAUACUCUCAGUUCCCCCUCAAGUCCCCCCUCGGGCCCACACAAUGGCACAAGAAAAAUCUGGAAGCAUGAAGACAUUGAGGAAUUCCAGGUCACAGAAUCAAGAUUUGAACCUCCUGUGGUUGUACAGUCACCCUUCCAAUACUUUAAAAUGCUCUUCACUGAUGAGAUGAUUCAGCAUGUUGCUCAUCAAACCAACCUGUACUCUGCCCAGGAGCUGGGGGAUCCAAUCAAGACCAGUCCAGAAGAGAUUGAGGACUUUCUUGCCAUGCUACUCUUUAUGGGUGUUUUCAAUUUUCCAUCACUGGAGGAUUACUGGCACCAUGAGUCUCGCUUCAGUGUGAUAGCUGAUAUCAUGCCAAGGAAGAGAUUCCAGCUGUUACGCCGUUAUAUUCAUUUCAAUGACAAUCAGCAGUGCAGUGAAAAUCCAGAUCGAUUUUAUAAAAUUCGUCCACUCUUUGAGAUGCUUCGCAAGCAGUGUCUCCUGAUACCAUCCACUUACAAGCACAGUGUGGAUGAGGUCAUGAUAGGAUAUAAAGAUAAGUGGGGCUUUAAAGUCUUCUACAGAGCCAGUUCAUCUGGCAUCAUCCAUGACCUGCUGCUGUAUCAAGGGGCAUCCACAUUCUUCAAUGUCGCCCUCAGUGAGGAGGAGCAGAUGCUACCCUUAGGAGCCAAAGUGGUGACAACACUAUGCAAAACUAUACAACAGCCACGUCUUUCUGUUGUCUUCUUUGACAACUUUUUUACAAGCUUUAAAUUGGUCCAGACCCUGCAAACCUCCUUGGGUGUCAAGUGCAUUGGCACCGUCCGACCAAACCGCACUGGUGGAGCUCCUCUGAUGACAGAUAAAGAGCUGAUUAAGAGAGGGCGUGGGUCUUAUGACUACAGGUCUGCUGAAGGGGUGAUUGCAGUAAAAUGGUGUGACAACAAAUGCGUCAACCUUUUGAGCAAUGCCAGUGGGAUCAUGCCUCUUUCGACUGUCAAACGGUGGUGCAAAGAGUCCAAGCAGAAGAUCACUGUCCCGUGUCCAUCACUCAUUCCUGCUUACAAUCAGCAUAUGGGUGGGAUUGAUCUUUCUGACAUGCUGGUACACUUGUACAAGACCCCAGCCAAGUCAAGGAGAUGGUACAUUCCCCUCUUUGGAUACAUCCUUGAUCUGUCCAUUGCAAACUCCUGGCUAGUGUACAAGAGGGACUGUGGCCUACUUAAUGAGAAAGCAAUGCCUCUCAAACGGUUCCGCCUGGCAGUUGCUCAUAGCUUGAGCCAGGUGAAAAAGCCUGCAUCCAAAGUUGGUCGACCAUUCUCCAGCUCUCCACCACCACCAAAGAAACACUACACCCCAAGAGCCUCUCUCCCAAAACCACAACCAGAUGUGCGAUAUGACAGCUUGGGACAUUGGCCACUACACUGUGACAAGAGGGGGCGGUGCAACUACUGUCCGAGGGGUGUGUCAAGAUGGAAAUGCCAAAAAUGCAAUGUUUUCCUGUGCUUGAACGCAAACCAAGACUGCUUUGCAGCCUUCCACCAGAAAUAA